ACACACACACAGAGGGGAGAGAGAGGGAGCAUGAGUCUCCGCUCGGGGAGGAAACUCUGCAGCAGUCCUCAUUAAGAUUCCCAGUCCGUACACUCGCCACACAAACCCUCCUGUCGUGGGUGGCACCGGCGUCCUGCGCGCCUCGUAAUUGCGCACCGCGGAUCCCACUUCCAGCGGCAACCGGCGGCCGCGGAUCACGCAGCCGUGAAGGCGGAGAGAGGCUGUGCACGUCCCGUUAUUUACGGCGUCAAGGCUGAGAGAGAGAGAGAGAGAGAGAGAGAGAGAGAGAGAGAGACAGAGAGAGAGAGAGAGAGAGAGGAGAAGAGAGGUGCGUCCCCGGAGGUCCAGCGAAGGGUGGCGCCCUGCGCAUCUCAUCCAGCGCCUGGACGCACCGUGUCGCCUCCCAGGGGCCCGGGGGGGACCCACAGUCACAGCCCGCUCCUGCAGCCCCUCUGCCCGGUCUCCACUGGCUCAUUUCCCCCCGCGGUGACUGGCAACAUGUGCGCCUGGAUGCUGUGAAGUGUUCAUUUCCCCUCGGAUACGCCAAGUACCCGACGUUGCGACGCACCUUGUGUAAUAGAGAGCCAUGAGCACUGUGGAGGAGGAGCCGGAUCACAUGAUACCAUGAAGACGAGCCUGCAGGUCCUUCGCUGCCAGCUGCUGAGUGUUCUAGCAUUCCUAGCACUGCCAGUAGGACUGGUUUCAUCAGCACAGGAGCUGUACCUCAGCCAGACGUCCCAGGACUCUGUCUCCAUGGCAGCCGCCCACAGCGCCCCCUCGUCUCCCUCCGAACCCCCCCACCUGGACUGGCGUCAGGAAGGCUCCGGCAGCGGGGAAUGGUCGUCCAAAGGAGGUACUCAACCAACAGGCGUCAUCCUCCCUCCUCGUGUUUUCUACCCGUCAACCUGGCCUCACACGACCCAAAUCUCCAACCUGCAUGAAGACCCUCCUGUUCAUGAAACAAUUACUGUCAUGCCACACACGUGGAGCACUGGAAGCUGGGUUAAUCAGCCCCAGGAGUCCAGCUCUGAUGGAAGCCGAGGCCAAAUGAAUAAGUUGGUCAGGGUUUCUCAAGUCCACAACCCAGUUAGAGUCAAUACAAACCAGGCCAGCGGCACAGCGCUCCCAAAUAUAGACAUGGACUCUACUACCAGACGGGCUCCGAACCCCCUGGGUCUCAUGUCCAGCUCUGGGUCAGACAGAGGAGAUACACUUGCUCUAGAGCCUCACAAGUCAAGCGUGGAACAACCCACUGGCCCCAUCCAGCACGUUCCAGAUCUGCAUCCCUCCUCGCUGUCCCAUCCGUCAAUACACAGUGACCGUGGCCUGAAACUCGGGGAGCAUGCUCGGGGGGUUCCAGGGGUGGCUGCACACCACACCAUCACCCUGAGGGAGGUGCAUGCAGGGGCCGAGUCCCCCACCGACGAGCUGGUGGUAGUAGACCCACAGGCGAGGUCUGCUUCUCCGCUCGAGAGCCCACCAGAGAAUCAAACCUCUACUGGCUCCACCCCAGCCCUGUCUACUGAGCAGGGCCUUAAGGAUCACACAGUCAACCACACUGCACCCAUCGAGAUCACCACCGAGGAGGGUCAUGGUCGGGUUUCCCAAGGUAACGGCACAGACAAUCCUCCUCUGAGACAGGGGCUGGGGAAUGUAACCACGUACGGAGGGCUGCUCCCCAACGGCAGCUCGGCCGAGGGGGCGCCUGCUAAGGGGAACAGCUCUGAGGACGCUUCCACCGCCAGCAGGAACUUCCUCAACAGGCAGGUGCCCGCCACCACCCAGGACCCCUGGACACCCGGCAACAGCUCAGACCCCACCGUGGACUCCCCGUCGUCCCGCAUGACCAUCUGCCUGAGCAGGAUGGACAUCGUGUGGAUCGUGCUGGCCAUCAGCGUGCCCGUGUCCUCAUGUUCUGUGCUGUUGACCGUGUGCUGCAUGAGGAGGAAGAGGAAGUCGUCCAGUCAGGAGAACAACCUCAGCUACUGGAACAACGCCAUCACCAUGGACUACUUCAGCAGGCACGCCGUGGAGCUGCCCAGAGAGAUACACACUCUGGAGAGUGAGGACCAUGACACCUGUCUACCCCCUAAUGGAGACUACAGCGGCAGCAGCGUGGUCCUGGUUAACCCCUUCUGCCAGGAGACCCUCUUCAUCAACAGAGACAAAGCUUCUGCCAUCUAGAGACAGAACAGGAGAAGACGUGGACUGAGUCUCCUCCUCUACUCCCCCUGCUGUCGUUGUCUAUUUUAUAUAUGUGGUAAAUAUUCAGAGACUUUUGACUUUAUACUGUAUAUUAUAAAAACAAAGAGCAACCUGGAAGGAUGUAAACAGACACUAUUUACUAUGAGGAUGCACCUGCAUAUUUUUCUGAUGUACAUUUUCUACAAAAAGGCUUAAUUGUGAUUUAAAAAAAAGGUUUUUAUUGUCUUUAUAAAAUACAGAGUAUAUGUGGUUUUGUUUCAUGACAGUGGCUUGAUGGCGAGUGCACUGUGGAUGUUGCCACAUUAACCUGCUUGAGAGAGAGAGAGAGAGAGAGAGAGAGAGAGAGAGACGUGCUAUGAAAACAUUAAAGCUGUAAUUUUACUUUUCCUUUAAAAUCAAUCCCAAAAUACUUAUAGCCUGUUGAACUUGAAUAUAGCACCUACAAUAUUAACUUGGGGGAGGGGGCAGAGAUUUGUCACUAAAUGCUGUGAGUGAAAUCAGGGUCUGUGUUUAUCAAACUGUUAAACCAAGAAAGUCACGAGUGCUCCAAAGAGUCACAAAGUCGAAACAUUUAAAGAAAGAGUGAUCUCCUUGAUUCUCAAGUGAUCCGAGUUAAUCGAAUAUAUGCUCAGGGCAGGGAUGGGAAAUCAGAGACAGGAUUUAACCUGCACAUGCACCAUUGAUCAUUUUUCAGGAAAGCUUAUUUUUUCUCAGUGAUAUGUUAUUCUGAAUAUCUUGUACUUGUACUACAUUUGUGAAUUAUAACAAUAUAUUUGAUAUAUAGCACGACAGAAUUGAGCUAAACAUCAAAACCAGGUUUUAAGUCACAAAUACAGGAUUUAUACAUCCCGAAUAAGGAAUAAAUCAUAGGAAAUAGGAUGUAAACAAAAUGAUUACUGUACAUUAGAGACUACAAAGUGUCAUAAGAAUUAAUUGAGUACCAUGCUAACAAAUCCAGACAAUCAAGAUGCAUAGGAAGUGAUUGCAAACAAAAUCAGAGCCAGAUUUAAUGUUUUACAGCCCCGAUAAAUGCAGGGAAAGAAAUAAAAAUAAAGAAAACCGUAUAAGAUCUUUGCCAAAUGCAAAUAGUAGCCUCAACCAACCUGAUUAUGGAUUAUACAGCUAAUCAUAUUAUUCAUAUAAUGACAAUAAUAGUCUAAUAUCACAAUCACUUUAAGACAUCUGCUAAGUAGAUGAGCACAUUUUAUUCUUAAGUUUCAAAGCAGGUGUAUCAGUAAAGAACCUUAACUUUCAUCUCUCAUCAGUUUGAUAAAGACAAGCCCAGGUUUUAAAGGUCAAUUUGAGUGGAACCUACAUCUGGCCGUUCUGAAAGAUGGUGCAUCUCUCGGUCGAGUGGAACUGACGUAAAAUGGCUUCCCCCCUCGUGUGUCACCAGCUUCUCUUAAGAGGGACCACAUAGAUGUCUUAACUCUUUACGUUGGCCCUUUAUAUUUCAGUACGUGUGUGUGAAUGCCUUGUUCGUGCAUGUAAGCAAACUGUGAGCGUGCAGUAAAGUGUGCAAGAGUGGACGGAUCAGUUUAAUCCAGCUGCCCCCCCUUAACCAAAUAUCACUGUUACUUUAAGUCAAACAAGACUUUGUAUCACAUCUGUUCUUCUGUGUGUGUCUGUCUGUGUGUCUGUGUGUGUGUGUGUGUGUGUGUGUGUGUGUGUGUGUGUGUGUGUGUGUGUGUGUGUGUGUGUGUGUGUGUGUGUGUGUGUGUGAGAGUGAAGCCUCUGUCUUUCUGUCUGUUCGUCCUCUUCGCUGUAUUGUGGAGUCGCUACUGGUUAUAGCUCAACGUGAGAAAUCAUUUCUCAGCGCCUGUAGGAAACAAUUAGACCAUCCCUUGCUACUGUAAGUGUUUCCCCAGAUACUGUGUUAGUCCAUUAAUGUAACUCGUGUUUGUUGACAUGUCGAAUGAUUGUGAACGAUUCCUCUGGACACACACAUGAUUUGUGUCAGAGUCUGUCAAAGAUCCUGACCAAUGAAAACACUGAGACAAAAAAUGUACAGUAUGCUGAGUAUUUACUGUGAGCACAUACAGAGGCGUUUGAAUAUUUCUUUUGUCUAAUUAUUGACCCUGUGGCCCUUCUAUCAUCUCUUUUACUUUGCAUUGCUGCAGUUUUAUUCAAUAAUCGAUGCUGCCUGCCUCUAUUGUCGCUGAAGAUCUUCUGCAUUGUGCGCUGUUGUUCUGAAGUCACCGGUUCGAGCGGUGACGGCGAACGACACAGUUAAACAUAUUGGUUAUUUCCUGCAUCGGACGCUCACAGGUGGGCUUGUUGUUUUGCACGCUCAAAAAGUGGAUAUUUUACAAAACGUUCGGUGGAGCAGUGUUCAACAUGAUGUAUUUUUUGUACUGUAGUAUACACUGUACUUUUUACUGCUGAGCAAUAAAACAAACAAAAAAACACA